AGUAAAAGCCGAAUUCGGAAAUGGCUAAUCCCUUUUUAAUGGACGAAGACCUGGAUGGUUGCGAUGCAGCGGCCAACCCGUUUCUCAUGCAAUCUGAACCUGAACCUAGUGCGGAUAAUCCUUUUAUAGCAGCUACCGGCGCUUCAAAUCCCUUUUCCUUUGGUGCCGACGAUCUCGAGUUGGGGGCGGAGCCAGAAGCGGAGGCUACACAUGACAACGAACUCGACCCGGCGAUGAGUUUCUUCGGCACUACCAUCGAGGCGGAGGACGACGCGUUAAGUUUGAAAUCAGGCGCCGAGGAGGAGGAUGAGGGUAAGAAGCCGCCUCAGUCACAGCCACAGUUGCAAUCACACGCGCACCCGCCCCCGCCACGCCCACUGGUUCCUCCACAGAGCACCCAAGACUUAAUUAGUACGGUGUCCAGUCAGUUAGACGAAACUAGUUCGGAGCUACUAGGUCGUAUACCGGCCACCCGAUCUCCCAGCCCGGUUUCGAUGCGGGAUCUGCACUCGCCCAGUCCCACUCCGGAUUCGGGACUAGCCGAUCUUCUGGAUAUGUCGGUGGAUAGUGGAUCGAGUGCCCAUACUCAAGGCAUGGAGGCGGACUUAAUUAGUGGUGUGGCAGGCGGUGUGCCGCUAGAUAAUCCCUUUGCAGUGCCGACAGCGAUGCCUAAUAUUCAGGCGGCAGUUCCACUUCCUGCAACACCUAUGAAACAACCCCCUCGCCCACCACCGCCUCGUCCUGCCCCGCCACGUCCCGCUCCACCGGGUCAGGCAGCACCACAAAGACCUCCACCACCGUUGGCCGCAGCUGCUCCACCGCCAGAUGCGGAUGACCUUUUGGAUAUGUUUGGUACUACGGCAUGUAAGCCGGCCAAGCCACCACCACAUAAAUCUAAGGAGGACAUACUAAGUCUCUUCGAGCAACCGCAUGCACCACCUGCCCAACCAGCAUCCAAGCCGGACUUACUGCAUGACGAUCUGCAGGAGGCGAUUGGGGAGGGUGUACCGCCGGAACAAGAGGAGUCAGACACGGAGCAGAGGAAUGGAAUUAGCUCUCGAGAUGAACCAGUAUUUACUUCCCUACUUAUACGACCAGACGAAAGCACCCAUGAUAUAACAUCCCAACCACAGGCGGCUACUGGAUUGGAACGACAGGUGAAUAACAUGGCUGCACCACCGGGAACCGCCAGCACACAGAGGGCCACCACGCCGGAUAUUGAGAUCACCACGGUAGAGGACCUGCCGCGAUCUGAUGACGAGGAUGAGCCGGAGGCUAUGCAGGAGCCGGAAACGGAGACGAAACCACAAAUCGAGCCCGAUAUGGAGCCCGAGAUCGUCUCUGAUCACAGCCCACCAACAGAACGCAUUGUGACCACCCAGGCAGCUCUCGUCGAUGGUGAGCCAAUAGCCAGCGAGCCCGAGCCGGAAGAAAUGGACACCGGUCUAGACUUUCCGCUGGCUUCCAGCGGCCAGUUGUCUGCUAACCCCUUCGCCAGCCCCGAGGAAGAGGAGCCGAACUUCGAGCCCAUGCCAGCGGUAGUUGCCAAUAUAUUUGCAGUGAACGAUCCGGACUCGCAGAUGGAGACCCCGAAAGCGCCCAGCCAUACAGCCAAUAUCUUUGCUUCCGAUCCAGACGAGUUCGACGCCUUCUCAGCCAAGUUUGACUCGGUGAAGAAGGACAACAUCAGCAUAAUGGAGGGCUUUGGCGGUUCCGGAGCGAUAACGCCCACGGGCAGCGAUGCUUGGGGAGAUAGUGCUUUCCGAUCGGCCACAGUCUCGGCUAAUGCCUUUGGCGACACCAAUUCGGCGGAUGAUGGAUUCGGCAACGAGGACGAUGAUUUCUAUGCAAUGCAGGCGCCUGCACGCGCUGACUCCGUGGAAUCUGUGGACAAGGAUUUCAGCGUGGUGAUCCGCCCGAUGGCAGAGGGAACUUGUGGGGUGGCUCCUCAACUUGCGCCACCACCGCCGCCGGCGCGUAGUGUUAACCAGGCACAGACCACAUCGCUACCUGGCUUAACCGUCAAUCCGUUCGAGGAUGUUAGUGGCCUCCCGGCUCCGGGGCCGCCACCAACCGAUGGAACCGCCAUUAAACGCACGGACUCGCAGGAAACUCCACAGACACCACUCUAUGACGAGGAUGUAUCACAACCGCUGGAGGAGUUCCCGAGACUCCAUUACAUUGGACCCGGAUGGGAAAUGCAACUGCGGCAGCCCAACAAGAAGAAGAUCACCGGUCAGCGCUUCUGGAAAAAAAUUUUCGUCCGACUGGUGGUGCAGAACGACGUGCCGGUGGUUCAGCUGCUUAACCAGGCGGGCGAUAAGCAACCCUUUCAAGAACUGCCCUUACAACCCUCGUAUUCUGUGUCGGAGAUCGGGGCCCAGCAGUAUGAUCAGUUCGGCAAGAUUUUCACGAUGAAACUGCAGUACAUAUUCUACAAGGAGAGACCCGGCGUUAGACCCGGUCAAGUGACCAAGGCGGAGCGGAUCACAAAUAAGCUGACCAAAUUUGCACAAUAUGCCAUCGCUGGCGACUACGAAGGCGUCAAGGAGUUUGGCAGCGAUCUCAAAAAACUUGGCCUGCCUGUAGAGCAUGCCCCGCAGUCAUCCCAACUCUUCAAGAUUGGCUCAAUGAACUACGAGGACAUGAAGCAGUUCUCGGUCUGCAUCGAGGAGGCAUUGUUCAAGCUUCCGGCUCUUCGGGAUCGGGCGUUGACAUACAAAAUGGAGGAGGUCCAGGUAACCGCCGUUGAUGAAAUCACUGUGGAACAAGACUUCGAGGGCAAGAUCCUCAAACAGAUUGCCCGGGUGCGACUCUUCUUCCUCGCCUUUCUUACCGGCAUGCCCACCAUCGAGUUAGGCGUAAACGAUAUGUGGCGGCAGGGAAAGGAGGUCGUCGGCCGGCACGACAUCAUUCCGGUGGCCACCGAGGAGUGGAUCAGGCUGGAGGCCGUUGAGUUUCAUAGUGUUGUUAAUCAGCAGGAGUAUGAGAGAACGCGCACCAUCAAGUUUCAACCACCAGACGCGAACUAUAUUGAGCUGCUCCGCUUCCGAGUGCGUCCGCCCAAGAAUCGGGAACUUCCGCUGCAGCUGAAGGCAACCUGGUGCGUUAGCGGCAACAAGGUGGAACUGCGGGCCGACAUUUUGGUGCCUGGAUUCACCUCCCGCAAGUUAGGCCAAAUCCCUUGCGAGGAUGUCUCGGUUCGCUUCCCCAUACCCGAAUGCUGGAUCUACCUGUUCCGUGUGGAGAAGCACUUCAGAUAUGGUUCGGUUAAGUCAGCUCAUCGACGAACAGGCAAGAUCAAGGGUAUCGAGCGAAUCCUGGGUGCCGUCGACACGCUUCAGGAGUCGCUGAUCGAGGUGACCUCCGGACAGGCCAAAUACGAGCAUCAUCAUCGGGCCAUUGUGUGGCGUUGUCCCCGUUUGCCCAAAGAGGGUCAAGGUGCGUACACCACACAUCAGCUUGUGUGCCGAAUGGCCCUUACAUCGUAUGACCAGAUUCCAAGCGAGCUGGCGCCAUACGCAUUCGUGGAGUUUACUAUGCCCGCCACGCAGGUCUCGCAUACCACUGUGCGCUCCGUGAGUGUACAGGAUUCGGAUGCCGAUGAACCGCCAGAGAAGUACGUCCGCUAUUUGGCACGGCACGAGUACAAGGUUGGCAUCGAGACCACGCACGGCGAGUCCACGAAUGCGUAUUUGGCGGCAACGCGUCCUAUUCGCGAGGAGCCGCCCAGCACGGCAACCAAGCCUACUGCUUCCCCGGUUCCGCCCAGCGAUUCGGACACGGACUCUAACUAAGUAAGCUAGCUGCUGCGUUCCGUUGCCACAGUAGGGCUCAACCGGAACUUCACAGUUUCAUGUAAAUGGAAAGGCAGUGCCAUCAAGCGGAUUUUUGUAGAUAUUCCUCGUGCAUGGUUUUCCUUAUCGUUCUUGUUAUAUACAUACAUACAUAUUAUACAAUACGGUGUUAAGUGCAGCAAUUGAAGAGUGCAAAUAAAGCAGACGAAGGAGAAACUGACGAAAAGGUCAUUGCUGUGUAAAAAGCCAAAUGAACGAAUCCAAGAAGGAGCUAAUGGAUCUGUGGACACGUCAGCGGAGUUAGCAAAAGCAUCUUAGGUGACCUAUAAUCUAUAAACCAUAUGCCACAGCCAUUGUCACAUGACAUAAAAAUAUUAAACUUCGUUACUUGUAGACAUAUGAUCACGUUAAUGUUAAUUGAUAUCAGACCAGAAUCGUACUUAAAGUCAACCCAUCAUAUGCAUAGUGGUUAUAAUCGCAAUACACACAAACUCAUACAAGCGAACAAAGAAGAACUGAAACGGAUGUUUCCCUAAGGCAGAAAAAUUAAAAGCAAUUUCCCCUCAUAGCGUUCUAAAAGCAUAGGCUCAAAUGCACGGAAGCUUAACCAAUAAAAAUAAGAUAACACAUCGCUAGCUCCAGUUUUCCACUGUGCAUGAUGUUAACAUUAGCAUUACCGUGUAAGUUUCUGGCGAAAGCUGCAAGCAUAGAUUAAUCAACAUGGAGUGAGCUGCCAGCCUUAAACGACAUUAACCUACCCUGGAACGAGCUGCCAGCUUUACAAAGUUAACCAAUACUGGUCACCAUACAUGUGUGGGAUGUGAAACUUGAAACUAUCCAUAGCCAUCAUAUACACUUAGGUUUAUGUACACCAUUAAUUUCAUAAAUUUAGAAAUGAAUUGAAAACUACAAACAAAAGCGAAAACGUAAACGAAAAUGCAUAUUCAAAUGUUAUUGUUGUGAAUUAAAUUAAAUUAUAUUCAAAAUAAACUACAAAGUAAUGGGAAACAAUAUAGGCAAAUCAUCUUUGUUGACGCAGAAAGUGUAUAAGAAACCAAAAAGCUAUAUAUUUAAAACUUAAAUAAAUAUUUGCCAUACAUAUUGAUUUAUUAAUUGAGUUUUCAAAAAAAUUUGAAUACAAGUUGAUUUGUUAACUGCGUGUUAUAUAAAUAUAUUCUUCAUCCCAGACUAACAACUUCCUAAAAGGCUUGAAUUUUUUCGCUUUCUUGUCCUCUGGAUAACUCAAUAAUUCAUGUCAAACAGCUCUACUAAGAACUCUUUAAACGGCUCAUAACGGAUUCAUUAACAUAAAUAGAGAAUGUGUAUAUUGUACCCCUAAGAAAUGAUUCUUUAUUCAUGUAUUAUGUAUGUUGCACUAUUUACGUUUAAUUCUACAUAUAUUAUAUCGGAUAUAUCAUAUAUACUGUAUGUACAAUAAAAAAGAAGAAAAUCUAUGCAAAAAAACCGGUCGGUUGACGAUCGCCCUAACAUGUUAUAUUUAUAAAAUAAUUAUACAACCCUCGACGGUCCCGACGUUAUAUAUGCCCCGAUGUGUGUUCUAAUGUGGGCAUAUACUGCGCUGGCAUUUGUUGGUAAUUUACAAAUAUAUAAAUUUGUGGCGCAAGCUAAAUGGUAUUAACCAAUAACCUAAUUACAAUAUAAUAAAUAUUACGAAGCGAACAAAAUCGCAUUAUGAUGGAACAAUAUCUAGUCAAAUGAGAAAAUAAAUAUUGGAGCAACAAAUAUUAAGCAA